GGGGUCGGAUACAUUGUGUUCUGUCAGGUUCAGGCGGAGAUGAAUGGAGGAGAGACGACAAACCCCGGCCUCACUUCUGGUCCAAACAAAAGCGACUUAUGUCUGUCCUUCAGCCCACGGACCGACCCUGUGCCAAUAAAGUCCGGGACCGCGACGUCUCAGCGCCCCGGGGCGCCUCUCCGCCGCCGGACCGCCGUGAGCAGCCCAGGCCCCGGUUCGCUUGCAGGAGGGAGCAUUGCAGGAGCGAUGUGACCAUUAUACUUCCCAUCCACAAUGCAGCCAAGUGGUUGGAUGAAUGCUUGGAAUCUGUACUGGAGCAGGACUUCGAGGGAUCUUUGCAGCUCUCCGUGUUUAACGAUGCCAGUCAGGAUGAUUCGAUGAAUAUAGUUGAAAAAUGGAUGAAGAAGUUUCAAGAGCGUAACAUACCAGUUGUGAUCGAUGGCCACAAGUCUCCACAGCCAAAAGGAGUUGGAUUUGCGAAGAAUCGGGCUGUGGCCCAGAGUUCUGGGAGAUACCUCUGUUUCCUGGACGCUGAUGACGUCAUGAUGCCCCAGAGAGUGAAGCUACAAUAUGAAGCGGCCAUGAAACAUCCUAAUUGUAUAAUUGGCUGUCAAGUGAGGAGAGAUCCAGGGGAUUCAACUGAGCGCUACACCCGUUGGAUUAACAGUUUGACACAAGAGCAGCUGUUUACACAGGUGUAUACAUCCCAUGGCCCCACGGUGAUAAUGCCAACCUGGUUCUGUUCCCGAGACUGGUUUGACAACGUCGGGAAGCUCGAUGAAGGUGGUAAAGGCGUUCCUGAAGAUUUGUUGUUCUUCUAUGAAAAUCUUCGGAAGGGAGGAAGUCUGCUCCGUCUCAAUUGCUGUCUGCUGGUCUAUCGUUACCACGCCGAGGCUGCUACGCUCUCCGUGCUAGAGGAGACCAUUUGGAAUGAGCGCCUCCGUUUCCUGGAGGAGCGAGUCCUGAAUAACUGGACCUCGUUUACAAUCUGGAACGCGGGGAAACAAGGCAGGAAGCUGUACAGAUACUUGUCAGCCACCAAUCAACAAAAGGUCGUGUGUUUCUGUGAUGUGGACGAGGCAAAGAUCAAGAAACGGUUCUACACCUACCAGCAAUCGAAGGAAAAGCCCAAACCUACAAUUCCCAUCAAGCAUUUCACAGACGCCAGCCCCCCAUUCAUCAUCUGUGUGAAGCUGGACAUGACAGGAGGCGGGUUUGAAGAGAACUUGAAUUCCCUGAACCUAAAGGAGGGAAUAGACUACCAUCACUUCAGCUGAGGACCUGCCUUCACCAUGAGCUCCACGAGACGGGACGAUUCUCAUUGCUAUGAUUGCCGGGGACACUGAAGGAUGAUAUAAACCUGAGAGCAGCAGUGCCUGGGAGUGCAUUUCCAAAUCACAGGGCAAUUGAUAAAUAACCCGCUUGCAUUUGGCGUAGCGUCUUUCACGACAGGAGGACGUCUCAAACCCCUUCGCAAGUAACUGUUGUGCAUUUAUUCGAGAGUGAACAUCCACUUGAGCGGGUGCAUGUGAAUGUUACUCACAGAGUCUCAGGAUUUCAGAAGGACCCUGAGGUGCGAAUGAGAAUUCCUUUCGGGACACACGUCAUAGCAACCGCAGGAUCUCCUCCCUGAUACCGACACAGUGGACCUCGUUCGUUCAAGAGUUUGCCGAUGCGUCCGACCAGUGCAAUGUGUGUUUUUUUAACACGGCUGUUGGACUGAGGUGAUCUGAUCAGCGCUAACGUGGACUCAGCACAUGUUGAGGUGUAAGAUGCUGAAAUCUGUUAUCAUCCUCGGGGUUGGGUUAUCAAUGUACAUUACAAGAACAAGACUAGCAACAAAAUUACACUUAAAUUUAUAAGGUGAACAAAGGGAAACUAUUCCCACUGGCGGGUGGGUCGGU